GCCGCGCCGCCGCCCGCCUCCGCGCCCCCCUUCCCUCCCCCGGCAUGGCCGGGCGCUGAGGGGCGCCCCGCCGCCCCGGCUCGGCUCGGCUCGCCCCGGCUCGGCUCGGCUCUGCCCCGCCGAGGGGCUCGGCGCCCAGCCGCCCGCUCUCCUCGCCAAUGGUCCAGAGCGACAUGUCCAAAUCGCCUCCCAGCCCGGCGCAGGAGGUGCAGAUGGAGCUGCUGGACAACCCCCUGUCCGCGGCGGCGGCGGCGGCGGCAGCGCAGUCUUACGGUAAAGGGGCAAGAAGAAAAAACCGAUUUAAAGGAUCAGACGGGAGUACAUCUUCUGACACUACCUCUAACAGUUUCGUACGCCAGGGUUCGGCGGACUCCUACACCAGCCGUCCAUCCGAUUCAGAUGUAUCUCUGGAAGAAGACAGGGAAGCAGUGCGGAGAGAGGCAGAGCGACAGGCCCAGGCACAGCUGGAAAAAGCAAAGACAAAACCUGUUGCAUUUGCAGUUCGGACAAAUGUUGGGUACAGUGCAGCUCACGAUGAUGAUGUUCCAGUCCCAGGCAUGGCCAUCUCAUUUGAGGCUAAAGAUUUUCUUCAUGUUAAAGAAAAAUUUAAUAAUGACUGGUGGAUAGGACGGUUGGUAAAAGAAGGCUGUGAAAUAGGAUUCAUACCAAGCCCAGUCAAACUAGAAAACAUGAGGCUGCAGCAUGAACAAAAGGCAAAACAAGGAAAAUUCUACUCCAGUAAAUCAGGAGGAAACUCUUCAUCCAGUUUGGGUGACAUCGUUCCUAGUUCCAGAAAAUCGACGCCUCCAUCAUCUGCUAUAGACAUAGAUGCCACUGGCUUAGAUGCAGAAGAAAAUGAUAUUCCAGCAAACCAUCGCUCCCCCAAACCCAGUGCAAACAGUGUAACAUCACCCCACUCCAAAGAGAAAAGAAUGCCCUUCUUUAAGAAGACAGAGCACAUCCCUCCCUAUGAUGUAGUGCCUUCUAUGCGACCAGUAGUUUUAGUGGGGCCUUCUCUGAAGGGAUAUGAGGUAACAGAUAUGAUGCAAAAAGCAUUAUUUGAUUUUUUAAAACAUAGAUUCGAAGGGCGUAUAUCAAUUACACGAGUCACAGCAGACAUCUCGCUUGCCAAACGCUCAGUAUUAAACAACCCCAGUAAGCAUGCGAUAAUAGAGCGAUCUAACACAAGAUCAAGCUUAGCUGAAGUUCAAAGUGAAAUUGAACGGAUUUUUGAAUUAGCAAGGACACUGCAGUUGGUAGUGCUUGAUGCUGAUACCAUUAACCACCCAGCUCAACUAAGCAAAACCUCUCUGGCUCCCAUUAUAGUAUACGUAAAGAUUUCUUCUCCUAAGGUUUUACAGAGGUUAAUAAAAUCUCGAGGGAAGUCUCAGGCCAAACACCUUAAUGUACAGAUGGUGGCAGCUGAUAAACUGGCACAGUGUCCUCCCGAAAUGUUCGAUGUAAUUCUUGAUGAGAACCAGCUUGAAGAUGCUUGUGAGCACCUUGCUGACUAUCUGGAAGCCUACUGGAAGGCCACACAUCCACCUAGCAGCAAUCCUCCUAACCAGCUUCUCACUCGCACACUUGCAACAGCCACUCUUCCUAUUAGCCCAGGUCCAAAUAUUAAUUUACAGGGAUCUCAAGGAGACCAGAGGAAUGACCACUCAGUCCCUGAACGCAGCAGUUCACAAAUUGAAGAGGAAGCACGGGUUGAACCCAUCAAGAAAUCCCAGCAUCGCUCUUCCUCAAGCCAACACCACAACCAUCGCAGUGGUGUUAGAGGCCUUUCUAGGCAAGAAACUUUUGACUCAGAAACACAAGACAGCAGAGAUUCGGCUUAUGUAGAGCCAAAGGAGGACUACUCGCAUGAGCAUGGUGACCACUAUGAUUCUCACAGGGAUCACAAUCAUAGAGACGAGUCCCACGGGAGCAGUGAUCACAGACAUAGAGAAUCGAGGCAUCGCUCAAAAGAGAGGGACCGCGAGCAGGACCACAAUGAAUGCAACAAACAGCGUAGUCGUCAUAAAUCGAGGGACCAAUAUUGUGACAAGGAUGGGGAAGUGAUAUCGAAAAAACGUAAUGACGCAGGAGAAUGGAACAGGGAUGUUUACAUCCGUCAGUAACUUUUGCCUCCGGCAGUCUUGUGUUUCUUUGAAGUCUUGUAACAAUGCCCCUUGAAAAUAUCUUUGGGUUCUUCAUUGCAGAACAUAUGGUAUCCUUCUGUAUGCUGAUUUGUAUUGCUGUUGCUUGCAUAGCAAUAGCAUGAAAUAGAAUAUUCAUAUACUUAUUUUUUUGGUUAGUGCUAUAUGAAUUAGCGUAGUACAACUGCAGAGUUCCUGAUGUUGUACUAUGCCAUUUUUCAAGCUGUUUUUUGGUAGCUGCCACUUGAACAAUAUCUGUUGCCAUCAAGGUGUUGUUAGUGUUUUUUAAAAAAAGGUACAUUUGAUGUUUAAUAACUUCCCGUGUAUUCAGCAAGCCAGAAUCAGCACAUAAAAAAUAUAAAACUUUUUGUCUGCUCUGAUUUUUAAUUUGUAUGCACUUGAUUUGCAUAUUGAUUUAAGAGCCACUAUCUGUUGCUUGUACCUCUGGUGGACUCCAUUUGAAGACAGAAUUCAGUCUUGCCUUACACACAGGGGAUCAUAAAGUCAAAAUCUAUUUUCUAUGUACUGGUACUGUGUACUGUAUAUACAGUUUAUAAAUGUUAUUUCUGCAGACACCUUCUUACUAUAUAAGUUUGAUCACACUGUUUUAGAGUCCUAAUGCCAAGUCAGCAGAUUUGCUUUUGAAUUACUGGCAACUGGAACUAGCCUCAUUUAGGAAAUCUGUAACAGUGUUCAAUCUAAAUACUUUUUCUUCUGUAGCAGAAAGCUUAUACUUAUUGUAAAUACAAUUGAGUGCUUGAGAUAAAGGGUCUAACUCUUAUACCUUAUGCUGUCCUUGCAAACCCAAUUUUGCAUUUUAAAUUUAUGGUAAAGAUAACAAAUUUAUCACUAUAAAUUAUUCUGCUCUGUACAGGUCACAGAAUUGCAAUGGACACAGCUUAAUUUUUGUUCUAUUGUCAGAAUAAUAGAGCACACAUGACAGAGGUGUGUAUGUGAGUGGGUGGGUGGUGGAUGGGCGUAUGUGUGCAUAUGCACGUUAGGCAGCAAAGUGUGAGAAUCUACUGAAGAAAACAAAGGUUACUCAAAAGCCCAACAAGUCUGUUUCUUCAUUCUGUCUAUUAAUUCAAAAAUCCAAAUUGCAGUCGAGGAAUAUGAGGGAGUUUACUGACCCAGGUAAUUGAGAAAGCAUCAAUCUGCUGGCUCUUUGUUGAGACUUCAGGAGAGUAAAAACAGGCAAAUGUUACUGUGAGUGCUUCACUGGAAAUGUAAAAUCUUUGUGUUUUAGAGUAUUUGUUUUAGUAAGAAAAGUUUACACAGCUUGUGGAGAGUUAUUUUGUUGGAAAAUAAAUUUUUGUAGCUUCUCCACUUUUUCUACACUUGCCAAUUCUUCUGCAUUCCCACCUUGCAGCCAGCUCACUGCUUUUCCUUCACCUAAACUGUUGUGCUGCUGGUGAGAGUUUAGAAAAAUGACUGUGACAAAAUACUCUGUUAUGAGCUCGCUAGAGAACAUGCAUUGAAAUCAAAGGGCGUGAACUCAGUUUUGUUUUGCAUUGAACACCUGUUGCACUGGUAAGUGGGGGGAAAUUCACCAUUAUUUUUGACUACAGGUUCCAUACCCUUGCCUAGUGUAAAAGCUGUUCUGCAUCACGUAUAGUCUUUGUACUAGUUGUAUGAAUGAAAUACUUUUUGUAUUUCACUGUAAAUAGCACAUUAUAUAAAGACUGUAGUGGGAUAAUAAUUAAUUUAGCUGGAAGUUCUUUUUAUUUAUUAUUUUAAUUCUGGGAAUAUCAGCAUUGCCUGAUUUUGAAUAUCAUUUUAGUGAAAUGGAUAAGAUAUAUGGCAGGUGCAUGUUUUCUCCAAUCUUCUAUUCCAGCAUCUAAGCAAUUCAGUUUAACUCCCUUAAACAUACUCUGUCCUCCCUCUCCCACCCCUCUCCCUGAUGCUUUAAAUGCAUUUUUUACAACAAAGUGAGAGUGUGAAAUUCUGCUGUCAGGUAUCUGGCCAUUCCUCCCAGUGCUGCUGACUGUUGUGCUUAUUCAAGGGUAGUGUUUGGCUCAAAGCAUGAACUGUGGGGAACACAAGGAAAAGGAUAUUUUUCUAGAAAUAAAAUUCUCGGCAUUUUUCUAAACAUCAUUAAAUGACUUUGUAGACAAAGGAAGCAUAGGUAAGUAGAUCUGCUGUAUUACUAAAUGAAUAUAUGAGAGUAUAUAGCAGUGGCUUUUGAUACGAGAGGAUUUUCAGGUUAUCAGUGGAAAAUGACAUUGAAGGGCUCUGUUGUUUGAAUGGUAUCACAUCACAUGUAAAUGGGAAUAGAAGCUAUAUUGUCUUGCUCUAUAUAGCCUGGCUUUAGCUAUUUUACCAACUUCAGUAAACACUGUUGCUCCCUACAACUGUUACGACAGCUGUGUCCUCCAAGAAGUGAUCUAUGGAUUCCACUUCAAUACCUUGAUUAUUCCACUUCAAUACCUUGAUUAUUUUGUUGUUCUAGUUUUUCUUUAAUUUUUGCUCCAGAGAGUGUUUAACCUUUCUUAAGGUAUUUUUUAAGUAAUGUUUGGCAGAAUUUCAAAGCACUGAGUAGUGUAUGAGAACCAUGGAGUAGGUAGCCAUGUAUAGACAAAUAAAUGAGAAAAUAAAGAGCAUAGUCCAAGACCAAGUAUUUAAGAAUGGCCUAUAUAUUGAUUUAUGGAAUAUAAAUAUCACAAAAAAAAGACAUGGCCCAACCCAACUACUGAGAGAAUCAUGUUUUGUAUAGUGCUGCUAAUUAUGUACAGACAACAUACUAAUACACGCAUUUCUUAGGCAGACUCACUCAGUAGGUUUUUAUUAGCCUUGCUAAGAUAAUAUCCUUCAGUUAUUGUUUUAAGAGUGACAAUUCAUUUGUGAGCUUGUACUACACAUAUUGCACAAUACCACCUGCCUGCUGAGCAUGACUUUGAAAAGCACUUUAACAGAAUUAUUUCAAUAAGAAGCUUUAAAAAUACUCCAACUGGAGGACAUAUCAAAGGUUAUUGUGAUGAAAUGUCUUUGCAAAGUUUUGCCAAUAGAAAGUUUAAUAUUAUUGUUUGCAUUAGGAUACUAAUGAGUUCAUAUUUCUGUAUCUGGUUUCAGGAGCUUUGAAUCUGAGGAAUGGUAGAGGUCCCAGUGAGCUCCAGAAUCUUCUUAUGUAUGUGUGGUACAAAACAACCUGUAAAAAUUCUAUUCAAAUGAGCUAAAAAGAUAAUAAAACCAGUAAGAAGGAAAAGGAGGAAGAUAAAAUAGUUAAGUGAAGUGAUACUCUCGCUCUAUAUUUUUCUAAAGAAUUUCAGUAUAUGGAAGGAAUGGGAUGCAUUUUUAACAUUUACGUGUAUGUAUGUUAGAUGUUAAUCUUAUUUUUGUGUCUUUUCAAAUGAAUACACAUCAGUGCUGUUCAGCAGCCCGAGUUUACCCUUUAUCAGUUGUUUAGUGUCACACAGACAUCAUGGAAGAAGGAAUUCUCGAGGAGGGACUGGAAGGAGGUGAGAGUAACAGUCUCCAGACCUGUUAAGUAACAGGACAGUGGGGAUGAAUAAACAAACAGGUUUGUGCACAAAGGCAGCAUCAGUAGGAGUUAAGAGCUGAAAGAAACUAUUUUUAAAUCAAUCCAUAAAUUACUGCCUAGAAAUUAGAAAAUUCUUCUAGAAUACUCAUGAAUUCAUAUUCUGUGUCUGGCAUUAGGAGUUCAGAAUUUGAGAAGAGUUCCACAAUUUUUGCUUCUCAAGGUGUAAAAUUAAAUAAAUAGUUUCUCCUAAGGAUUUGGCCUUAAUGAAGGAAGACAGGUUUUAAAGCCACAAUGAGUUUGAGUGGAGUACCUGUUUUCACAGAAAUUUGUAAACACUUGACCUAUAGCCCUUAUUAUAAAUGGAGGAUAAGGAAAUGAAAUUCCAGUGAUCAAACCCUGAUAUCUGGUUACGUAUCCUAUACUUGCAGUUCCUGCCCAGGUCAAAUACCCUGCCCCUUAAUACUUACUGUCUUUUAUGAAUUUGUUUGUAUUUAUCAUUUUUAAGCUCUGUUGGUUUGUAAAGUCAUAUUCGUGUUCUGUGACACCUGCAGAGGUUUUAAGGUGGUCCAUUAUCAUUCCCUUAGCUGGAAUGAAGUGAGUGGUCUGAUUGUUUUUAAUCAGUGUCUGUCCAAAUUAAAAGGUUAGUGUAAACCACCUCCUGUGUUAGUCACUAAAGCCUCUUCAAGAUUUAUUUUGGUUUGUGGUUACAUUUGACCUCUAAUUGCUUUAACACGUCCGGCUGAAAGCUAUUUCCCAAAUGCUUGUGACUUUAAUUCUAUUCCAUCCAUGAAAAUAAAGCACAUUGCAAAAAACUUUAUUACAUAGUCUAGAGGAAGAACAGAGAAAUUAUUUUUCAGAGUGUAAUAUAACAUUUCUGGUGUACAUUUACUUAUAUUUAUUACUUUAUUGCAGAUCUUUCACCAAAAUUUUAGUUCUUCUAUCAUCUGUAAAAUAUGUGGUUGCCAUUUUUAUUGUGAAUGUUUUUAAUCAAAUGUUACUCAAUUGAAUUUAUUGCUUGGCAAUUUGUCUAUAACUUAUUUCUCCACUUUUAUAUAACAAACUGUUACAUAUGAGCUUACGAUAGUUUUAUAGACAGUUUCUUUUUAUAACUUACCACCCUAGAGAUGUGUUCCUACGCAUCCCCCAAAAAGAUUUAUAUCAGAUACAAUAGAAAUUAAGCUGGUUCUUCUAAUUCAAAUGUGUUCUCUUUUCUUACUUUAUUCUUACCACUUUUAUCUAUCAUGCUUACCUACUCUGCAAUGAGUUCUAGCAGUACCAAAUUGGAUUUGCUCAUAAAUUUUUUAGUCAUGAACAAUUAAACAUAAAAAGAAGGCUCUUUAAACUACCCACUCCAAAGUAAUUUCUUGUUGAUCACCGUCACCAGCCUAUUUCUUACUAAAAUAUUCCCUUUUCCUUAAGAAGCAUAUGAAAUCCUAUGAUCUAAAAAUUGGUGGACUCCAUGACACCGAAACAGGAAAAAGCUGUAUAAUAAUUUCAUACUAUACUAGGCUGCCUAUUUUAAUAUCUUUAUAUUGACCAAGAUAAAUAUUUAGAUUUGGCACUAUUACUAAUGACUAUUUCUGCAAAUAGAGAAAACUUACUUUUCAGACUUUCUUAAAGCCAAGAUCUGAUUGCAUGCCUAAUCUAUCUAUUUUGUAGGGUUAAUCUUUCAUUACAAUGACAAUAACUUUUUUUAAUUUAAUAUAUAAGUAUCUCAUACAAUGUAUAUAAAGAUAUAUAUAUAUUCAAUUGUGCUUCAGCACCAAACACUGAAGCAUAAUGAUUCAGUGUGUAAAGCAUUCUUAUCAGGAAAGUAAUCCUAUUAUGUAUUAAUAUAUAUACACCAUACAUCAAAAUUAGGAAAAUGAGAAAGUAUUCCUGCACUUCUAGUUAAAGUUACAGUAAGAUUGGAAGAGAAAACAAAAAAAGAAGGGCAUCCAUCCAUCUUCAGUCAUCUAACUUAGCCAAGCUAAGUUGAUUUGGAGCAUCUUAAUUGAGUUUCUGUUCUGAACUGCCUGAUGGAGAAGUCUCUCCCUGGCCCUGCCCUGCUCCCCAAUUACCAACAGAGAGAGGGGCCUAGGGGAAGCAGCUGAGGCUUAUCCCUUUAAUAUGCUAAGUGUUCUUUUAAGUCUAGCAGUUGACUUUUGCAGAAACAACUCUAGUAGUUAAAGUUCAGAUAUCAGUCAUUUUUUUCAGGUGAAGCCUGGUCUGCAAUUACACUGGAAUCAAAUACAAGUCAGUUACUUUCUUCCCCGCCCCAAGGAACUUCUCAUAUAAAAUUCAGAGAUCACCUUCUUGAAAAGCCUGUUUAUCGUUCAAAACUAAAGAAAUCUGGGAAAGUCUCAACAAAUCUUCCACUAAAAAUUCAGCAAUCAUCUUAAUUCUUUCAAAUUCAGCAUUGCACAAAUCCUGCUACUGAAACUGGAGGCAAAGUUCCUUACUUUAUAUGCAUACACAAAUUUCAGUAUAUAGUCUAUGUGUGCUGAUUAAUGUUUACAGAAUUUAUAUAUUCUGCAAAAAGAAAAUGCUUUUUUUACUAGCACCAAGUUAAAAAUUUCAACAUGUACUUACAAUAAAAGGCUAAUCCCUUUUGUUACCAAGUAAUUAUUUUAGCCAUAUUUAGACUAAAAAGACUGUAAUUUAUAGUAUGAGCUUUCAUGAUUCUAAAUAGGAUAUCUCACCUACUACUGAUGAAAAAAAAUUACUUUAAAUCUUCUUUAGACAUGCUGUGGUUAAUGGCAAGGAGUGACCAACAAAAGUAGACAAGUAGUAGACAAGAAUUCCAUCCUUCUAUCCUGCUAGGAUAGACCUUACAAAGGAUGUACUAGCCAACCUUGGAAGAACUGAAGAAGGGACAUUUUUUUUAUUUAAGAACAGUAAAAAACAUACAGUACCAAAACAUUUAUAGCAAAUACAAGUAAACAACCAGACUACUGAGAAACAGAAUUGUAUAAAUUGUUUUGGUUGCAAGCAAAUGCAAAAGCACUUCUGACAGUAUAAAGACAAAUUAUAAAAGAAAUAUCGCUCCUUUUAAUCCAAGCAAAUAGUUACGUGUGAAAAGACAGACUUUUUUCAGAUAAUGCUUUUAAAAACUGGAAAUUUAUGAGUGAGAGUUAAAAAUCACACACACACAGAUGUCAGUUUAUGUUUUUGAAUUGUACUUACCUUUUCCCUCUAAUUUUAGUACUAAUGUCAGUUCCAGCAGUACUGAGAAAAGAGAAUACUGUUCAAAUGGAGAACAUCCCUGUAACUGAAGCAGAAUUUUCAAAUACAUCUAGCACCUUGAAGAAAUUUAGGUUAUUAAAACUUUGAGCAGUGUAUUAAGGCAGUUCUCAUUAGCAUGCUUCCCCAGUUUCAAUUUUCAUUUGAUUUUAGCUGGUGAUGCUUUCUAACUAAUAAAGAGUUAAUAUUCUUAGUUGUUUGAAAGGUGAUUUGCAACAUUUCAGAUGGUAUUAUGCAUUGUUUUCUGUCUUUUGAUACAUAAAUCACGACUGUAGCCCCUUCUGUUGCAAAUGUUUGAUUUUAAAAUUGUCACUUGUCAGCCAGUCCAAUAGGCUAUUUCAGAACCAAUACAGUUUAUGCAUGGGAAGUUUGAUGUUGAAACAAUAUUUAUUUACAUUCCCAGAGUGAGAUGAUGGUUUAAUAUAUUCAUGCUGCUAUAAAAGACAUGCUACAAAGCCUAAUCGUAUUUUGUGUAUAUACUAUGUGUACAGAGAAUCUUGCUUGUAUUAAAAUAAAAGAGAAAUGAGGUUCUAAGUA